AUGCUACCAAUUGUUGUGGCAAACUCAGCUUUUUGUAUGAAUGGUGACAGCGUUGGAAUUAGUGAGCUAAUUUCUACUACUUUCUUUAUAUCUGGAUUGAGCACUUUGCUUCAAACUACAUUUGGAUGUCGCCUUCCAAUCGUGCAAGGUGCAAGUGUUUCUUUUAUCGCACCAACUAUAACGUUGUUUUCAUUGCAAAAAUUGCAAUGCCCUUAUACAAGAGAUCUUUCUGUGAAUAACACUCUACCAGAUGUUGGCAGCGAUGGUCACCGUGAAAUAUGGCAACUUCGUCUCCGAGAGAUCCAAGGUUGCCUGAUGGUCGGCAGCCUGAUCCAGAUCUUCAUCGGCUUCAGUGGGUUAAUGGAAGUGUUUUUAUCUUUUGUUGGUCCUCUUACCAUUAUGCCUACAAUCACUUUGAUUGGACUUUCGCUGUUUGAAGUCGCCACCGAUUAUUCUGCUGGACAAUGGUACAUUGCUUUGCUGACUACCGCAUUGAUCUGUAUAUUUUCACAAUAUAUGAAAAAUAUUGAUGUACCCUGUUUCCUUUACAAGAAAGACGGGGGAUGUUCAAAGAUACCCAUUGCUUUAUUUAAAAUGUUUCCUAUAUUAUUCGCUAUUUUAAUAUCCUGGCUACUAUGUCACAUUCUAACCAUCACAGAUGUUUUCCCCAAAGAGAAAAGCAAAUGGGGCCACGCGGCCCGAACGGAUCUUUACAGGGAUGUACUUGAUAAAUCAGCUUGGUUUCGUUUUCCAUAUCCAGGUCAGUGGGGAAUGCCAAGCGUCAGUACAGCUGGUGUUUUUGGCAUGUUUACAGCUCUCUUCGCUUCCAUUAUUGAAUCAGUUGGAGAUUACUACGCAUGCGCAAGAAUAUCUGGAGCACCUCCCCCACCUGUUCAUGCCAUCAGUCGAGGAAUUGGAAUGGAAGGUAUUACUUGUUUUUUGGCCGGUGUCUGGGGAGCUGCCAGUGGCAAUACUUCUUUCAGUCAAAAUAUCGUCACAAGCGAGAUGGCCAUCACGAACCCACCACCAAAGUCUCUGUGCGGACUAAGGGCCUCACCUACUCUUUUGUCCGCGGGACCAUCGUCGCUUGACUUGCUGUAUGAAAAUAAUCUCUCUCUCUCUUUCUCUCUCUCUUUCUCUCUUUCUCUCUCUCUUUCUCUCUCUCUCUCUCUCUCUCUCUCUCUCUCUCUCUCUCUCUCAGGACAAGAUAGAAACAAAGAAUAA